UAGGAUUCACUUCAUUCUGAAAUUGGAAACUAACAGUGGUAGAAGAUUGAAGAGAUGGUUUCCUUAAAUUAUAGCGCCGUACUAAGUUCAGGGAUUGCGUUUCUCUUGCUACUACACAGCGUUUGUUCCGUUGAGUUAUAUCCUGAUAAUGAAGAUAUAGAGUGCGAUCUUAAUCUAAAUGAAAAAGGGAUAUGUGUAUAUUCCUACCUUUGUACGGAUGGCAAAAUCAACAUUGAUGGCUCGGAAUUAGUUGACUUACGGAGUGCCGAUGUUUGUUUAGAUUAUAUGAUGAAGUGUUGUUCAAAAAGAACGACAUGUGCUGCCAGACGAGGAAAGUGCGUCCCAGACGCAAAUUGUCGAAAUUUCGGCAGAUUUAGGAACAUCACAGAUUGCAAUUGGAGUGGAUUGAAAUGUUGUCCGAAUGAAAAUAUUAUUGAGGACAACUCAUCAGAGGAAUAUUCUACCGAUACUUCCAUCGUAGAAAUUGUUGAAGAGCAGUUUAUUCCUUGCGAUCAAAGCAAAGGCGUUUGUGUGAGCCCUGAUCAGUGCCGGGUGAAUACAGAUGGAAGAGGACUGUUAAUAUCCAAAAUAGGGUCGGAAUGUCCUCGAAACAAAAACAUGUGCUGCCCAAAGAGUCAAUUAAAAACGCAAGACAGACCUGCUUCAGAUGGAUGCAGUAGUACGGGAGGACGAUGCGUUUUGAGUUCGCUAUGCAGAAAUCCUGUUGAGUUCAAUCUAAGAACUCAACAUGCAUGCGACAAUUAUAAUCAUGUUUGUUGCCUGGACAACGGCUACGUUUCAACUACGAAAGGUGGAAGGGUUCCUUCUACAACAGGAUCUUACGAUGGUCAAUCCAAAACUUGCGAUUUCGGUCGUGGAUUUUGUGUCCAUCCGGAUCAAUGCUCGAUGACUAGAGAAAGAAGCAGUUUGGUGGACCUCAGAAUGGGCUUAGAAUGUACUGGAUACACUAACAUGUGCUGUCCAAAGAAUAAGCUGAGAAACAACGACGAGCCUGAAGUAGAUGCAUGCGGCAGUACAGGAGGACGUUGUGUUUUAAGAUCAAAAUGUACGAAUCCUGUUGCAUACAGCCUCAGAUCAUAUAGUCAAUGUGACAGUCCUAGUCAUGUUUGUUGUCUGGACGACAAUUCCAAUCCGAAUACGUGCAGUAACACAGGCGGAAGUUGCGUUUCGCGAUCGCAAUGCAUAAAUCCGGCUCCGACUGACCCCAGCACUUCUCAGUGUGAUAGUCCUGGUCAGGUUUGUUGCAUGGACGAUGACUCUGAUGGAUGUGCUUCUAUUGGAGGACGAUGUACUUCGGGAGAUCAGUGUAGGAAUUCUUUGCUGAUCGACCUCAGAAGUUUUCAAUGCGAAAAUCCUCGCCAUAUUUGUUGUAUGGAUGACGAAUCGCUUUCAAAUCCAAACACUGGAAAGGCAUGUAAGAAUAAUGAUGGCAUUUGCGUACCCAAAUGUCGCGGAACAAAAUACGUGGACAAGACGAAUGAAUGUGGUGGUUUGAAAUGCUGUGCCGUUGGUAAACCAAAACCCAAUCCCGCUAAGCCCACUAAACCAUCUGGAGGCCCAAAAAGUUCAGAGACGGGACAGACUUGUCAUAAUGGAGAUGGAAAAUGUUACCCGGAAUGCGAACACCCUGCAAUUGAGGACAGCGAAAAUGAUUGCAUUGGACUAGUGUGCUGCCCUGUGUUGAAACCUCGAUCAACCAGAAAGCCCUACAAAUGGCGAGGCUGCGGUUAUCGCAAUCCAAAUGGCAUCGUCUUUUCAACUACCGGGAACGUUUAUGGCGAAUCACAAUACGGGGAGUAUCCAUGGGUUAUGGCCAUCUUCGAACAAUCAUCACCAACCAACAAACUCAAAUGUUCCGGAACUCUGAUUGAUCCUCGAGUUGUAUUGACGACGGCGGACUGCGUUAAAGCUUACCGAUCAAACCCGAAACGGCUGAUCAUCCGAGGUGGCGAAUGGGACAUUGGAUCGAACAAGGAGCCUUUUCCAGAUCAAGAACGAUCAGUCAGCUCCAUUAAAACUCAUCCUGGUUUCAAGCCCUCUUCACUCGUCAAUAACGUAGCGCUUUUAUUUUUGGAAGAUGCAUUCAAUCUAGAUUACAAUAUCGAUACGGCUUGUUUACCACCUCAGGACUAUGAGAUCGAUAAUGGUUACGUCGCAGCUACUGGUUGGGGCACAACUCCUGUGAAACGUGAAACCAAUCAACAUAUACUGAAGAGUUUUGAUUUACCAUAUCAACAACGAUACGAAUGUCAAAAUUUAUUGCGACAGGCCAGUGCAAACCAACGCUUCGUACUCCAUGAAAGUUUCAUUUGCGCCGGUGGAGAACCUCAGGUUGAUACUUGCAAAGGCGAUGCCGGAGCUCCGAUUAUUUAUAAAAUUCCAACGGAUAUGGAUGAGCGUUACUAUGUGGUUGGAAUGGUUUCCUGGGGCGUUGGAUGCGGCAGACCAGGUAUUCCGGCUGCCUACACGGAUGUGGCCAAGUUCAAGGAUUGGAUUGAUAGCGAGUUGCUAAAGAAAGAACUAGCUGUGGUUUCAUACACACAUGAAGAUGAUAUGACUCAAAAUAGAGAUAGCUAGAUGUCUUAUUGGCAUGCUUUUCAUUUUUGUUUGUUAAGACUCACGAUAAAAUCGCAUUCGAAUAUAUGAAAUAAAAGGAACCCUACACCAUAA